AAAAUAUUAAUUGAUUUUUUAAUAGAAGACAAAUAAUAAAUAAUAAAUAUUUUUUUUAAUAUGGAAAUUCAAAGCAAUUAGUUUCAUCAUCAUCAUCCUGAAAAUCCUUUUUAAAGCAUUCAAGAUACUCCAAAUUAAUCUGAUUAUUAAAAAAAUCUCAUGUAUAAUAUGAUGAAAGAUUAAAAAGAAGCUAUAAAUCUUGCAAAUCAUAGUAAAUUAAUCACGAAUAAUUAGUAGAUAUGUAAUAUGCUCAGUGCUCCAAUUUACGUUUAAAAGCUGAAGAGAAGGUCAAUUAGUACAAAUAUGAUUAAGGCAAAUCAAUAACAAGGAUGUGAUUUUGGUGAUGAUCAUAUGUAAAAUAUCAAUCAAAAUGUUCCAAGUCAGCUCAUUUCAAAAAUAAAAGAAACACUUAAUUUUUAGCACCCUCAAGCAAUUAUUAGAAAAGCAUCAACUUCUUAAAUAAAAAAAAGACAAAGAGUUUAUAGCUAUAAUAAUUUAUUUGCUGCUUAGCCUAAGAGCUAGCUUUUAUAAAAUGAAGAAAAAGUAUAAAUUGCUGAAAAUAAUUAAAAUUAGACAUAAAAGAAUAAUAUUUAGCUUAAUAGAACUACUCUCUCCGCUUCUGUUAAAAAUAAGAUAAAUAUUGAUUCUAUAUAACGAGAUUAAAAGGUUUCUUAAUAAUAAUAGCAAACUGCUUCAGAAUUACUAGGAGAAUAAUAGUACUAAGCAAGUCAAUAAGGAAGUAGAAAAUUAACUUUGAGACAUCAAGUAUAUGCUGAUGUAUUUUUAAAAGACAAGAAACCUGCAGAUCAAUUUGCUUCCAAUUUAUAAUAAAAAGAAAAUGAAUAAAUUUAUCUACAAAAGCUGUAAUAUCAAUAUGUAACCCCAUAAAAGUAAUAAUAAAAUAAUUAAAAUUAGUAAAUACAGUUAAAUGAAUAACAAGAACAGUGUUAAGCAAACUAAUUUUAUGUUAAAAGCAAAAUUAAUUCUAAUUUUAACUCUAAUCUAUAAAAAAAUAUUAUAUCUAUGAGUCGACCUUCAUCUAAUACAAAGCUGAGAAGCUAUGAUAUUAAGUAAAAAAAGAGGGAAGAUAUUAUCGAUGCUUAAGAUUUAUUUAAAUUACAAAAUGCUCAUUAAAAUACAUCAAUCAAAGAAAGAAGUCCUAAUAUGAAUCCUUACUAUUAUUCUUAUAAAUAAUCAAGGUCAAAUUCUAUUCAAACUAACACUGAAAUAAAUAAAAUUAUUUAAUAUGAGGACAAUAAUCUUAAUAGUAAAAGCUGUUAAGGCGUAGAAUAUUAUUAAAAACUGCAUGAAAUAAUUAUGUCAGAAUCGAUUCUUGCUAAAUUAGAAAAACCUCAGUGCAGACACAGCUACUAUUUAGAAGGGUAAGAUAAAAUCAAAGAAUACACCAAAUACAUUUUUGAAGCUUUUUAAAAUUACACAUUAGAGAUAUCUAAAAAUCAGAAUGAUUUAGGAUUCUGUAGUUUGUAUUUAUCCGCACUAUAAAAAGUAUUUACUGAAAUAAAUUCAUUUAUCUCUAAAACCGUAAUCGCUCUACCUGAUUAAAUAGCUGUUGAUUAAAUGAAAAAUGUUAAGAGUCUCUUAGAAGUUAUUGUCAAAAUGAAUAAUCCUACCUUAAAAUAGUUUUUGAAACCAACCAUCUUAUAAUUAAAUGAAGAGAAGCUAAAAUUAAUACAAGAACUCUCCCUUCUUCCAACUCCCUCCACUCUUAAAUUCGUCGAAUUAUUCAAUGACAUAGACAAAUACUUUAAUAUUUACCAUGAUUAGAUAGAUUAGCUAUAAAAUAACAUAAUUUAACAAGAAAAUUAGAUAAAAGAGAUAAAUGAAAUGCUGUAUGGUGCAGAAUAGACUAUUCAAAUAAAGAAUCAGAUGCACUAAUCUUAGUUCUAAAGCAAUUAGCAAUAUCAUGAAAAGGAAGAAAUGAUUUUGAAAUUAAAUCAAAGCAUUGAACAAAAUUUUACUAGUAGAAUUUCAUAGCUCAAGUAAUCGGAAGAGUAAAAUAACAAAGAGUUAGAUGAAAAUAAGAAAACAAUUAAUUUGCUUAAUAAAUAAAUUUAUGAAUUGAAGGAAAGACUUAAACUGCUUUCUUAAAAAAAGAAAUCUGAAGACAAGUCUUCUUAAAUAAAUAUGAUAAUUAUUCAUCCUUAAACAAAGAACUACACAUAUAAAUUAUAGAAGUAUAUAAAGGAUUAUUAUCCUUCUCCUUUUAGAUUUUCGUAAAAUUGUGUUUUGGCUUUUGUUAAUUGCAUUUUAUGUGAUAAGAUAAAAGAUGAUUAUACUUCCUUUUUAGCUAAACUACCUUAUAUUCCUCUCUAUAAAUAUACAGCUUUGUGGUUUAUGAAAUAAUUCGGGUAAAAAGAAGUAGCAUCUCAUUUUUUAAAUGAUUUUAUAGAGAGCUUAUCAGAAAUGAACAUCAAAAAUAGAUAAAUUGAAUUCUAUUGUAGCUUAAUUGGUUUAAGUAAAAAUAAAUUGAAAGAAGAAAUGUAAAAUAACAAAGGAAAUCAGGGCAUCUAAGCUUGCAUUAAAUCAAUCAUUCUGCAAUCAAAUUUAUUUUAUCAAAUAUAUUAUGAUGUCGCUUCAACUUACAGAAAAAAACUAGAAGAAAAAUAAGAAAAUUAUAAUAGACCUUACUUCUUUCAUUAAUAUGAAAAAAACGAUGAAAUAUCUCUUAAAAGUGCUCAAUAGAUUGUGUCGAAGCACUUAAAAGUUUUUGUAAAUGACCAGCAAGAACUAGAAGAUUACUUAGAGCUAUUUAAUAAAAUAGAAUUGACUUAACAUAUUUACAAUUAAACUCAGAAAUAGUAUAAUUUCUAAAUUUUAAAAUAAAAUAUUGAUUUAGUUGAGGCAAAAGAAAGUUCUUAGUUUAAGUAAAUACUAAAGAAAAACUCAGGAAUAACUGUUCCAUUGAGCAACAUAGGUUAAUUUGUAAUAGAUUGUGUGUCUAAUAUAGAGUCAGAAAGAUUGUUGCAGUUUUUAUUUGCACUCAAAACUCAAUAGCUUGAAAAACUUAACCAAUUAUUGUCCUUAGAAGAAUAUAAAAUUACUAUGCUUAGUUUUUAUCCUUUAAAUAAUAAAGCAUUUUACGAAAAUACAUUUGCUUGCUAUUCUCUUUAGAAUGUCGUUAAAAUCUUUGAAACAACAAAUUACGACUAAAAUAUUAAAUGCCUGCAAAAAUUUGUCAAUUUCAUUGUUGAUAAUAGGACUUAGGAUUCCUUUUAUGCUCAAGUGGAGGAAGGAUAAUCUUUCUAAAGUCCUAGGGCUUCACCUCACUCUCCUAAAAAGUACAAGAAUUCAAACUCUAUAAAAUCAUUUAGUUAAAUUAAGCUAGAAAAUGUUGAUUAAAAUACACAGAAUCAAAGCUCUCAAAAAAUAUAAAAAAGUAAAACUCUUAAUGUAAAAAUCUAAAGUUCAUAAGCUAAUAGUUAAACUUAAAAUUUUACAUCAAAAAACAUUGAAUCUUAAAACGAAUUAAAUAGAUCGUCUUUAAGCAGCUUUGAAGAAAGCAGCCCUUCAAAGCUCAGACAUAUUUAAAUAGUGAAUUUCAUGCAUUCAUAAUCAAGUCCAUAAACACCUUUAAGAUAAGGAAGUUAAAGCCCUAAAAAACUGAUAAAAUCAUAAAAUAAAACAAAAUCUGGAAAUAAUUCGCCUUAAAAGUCAUAAAAAAGUAUAUUAAGUCCUAUACGUUCAUAGCAAGACUUCUUUUUUUCAACUAGAAUUUUAUUUAAACAGGAAUUUGAAAAUAAAGUGAUUGAUGCAUUCUUCAAACAACACUUGAACACAGUUGCUAAUAUAGUGAUUAUAGAAGAAGUCUACAACAACCUUUUAAACCUUAUAAAAAAAGAAUAAUAAACAGAUGACAGAAUCAAAAAAAUCCAUGAUUCGUUUAAAUACUACCUUCAAACAGCAAAAAAUUAAAAUUACAUUACAACUAAUUAUAUUACAAGACAUAGUUUUAUAUAGUAUGUUAUUAGUGCUUGGGAUGAGCUAAGAUUACUUCUGAAUUUUAUUUCUCUCUCAUUCACUUCUAAGCAAAACUAAGUAAAAAAGUGA